AUGCCGCAGAGAGAACUUAUAUUUGUUCACGGCUCUUUUGAAAGAACUCGAUCAUAUGCAAAUGAAAGACGUGAAGACUACAACCUAUUUGAUAAUGUGAAGCCAGGUGAUGAUGACUUUAAAAAAAGCUGGGAGAAAGAAAUGGAGAAUGAUGAUGAUGAUACUCUAUGGUCAGGAAGUGAAGACGAAUACAAUGCUAAUACUCAACAAGAAAGUGGAAGAAACCGGCUUGAGAAAGAGGUUAAGAAAGCUAGACACUCCAGUCUAAUUGAUGCAGAUGACAGUGACGAAUUAUACAGUGUUUGGUCCGGAACCGAUGAGGAGAAAACUUUAUGGACUGGAGAUGAUGACGACGAUAUUCCAACAGAUCCACACCCAAACGAAGCAUCUGAUAAGUACUUAGACAAGUUGUUUGAGUUUAAAGAGAAACCAAAGUACAGGACAAUCUCGGAGCUGACUGAACAUGCAGUUCUUUAAGGAUAUGCAGACUCGCAUGAGAGAUCCAAACUUCAAAUUCACGCCUGAGAUUAAGUUGAAGCCUGAGAGUAAACUAGUGCCCAGGAAGAAGUGGCAGAAGGCACAGUCCAGAAGAAGGAAAGCUCAUAUUGACAGGUUCCUUCUUAAUGAUUCAAGUACCAAAUCUAUUUCCUGUAAUUGUGUUGAUCCAAAAUGUAUCAUACAACUGUAAGAGUCUUAUGACUGUUUCAUCUUGAUGCCAAUCAUGUAAAUAAUCGGGUACCGUGAUUAAGCAGCUUUCCUUUAGAGUGAUUCUGGACUUUUUAGUAUUCCUUCUUCUAAAGAAAGAAGCUUUGAAGGAAAAGCUAGAGAUGCUUUGGUCCCUUUGGACUUUUUUUUUUUGAGGGGGAGGGGAAGAAUACAGCUUUAUGAGCUUUUGAUCUUCAAAAGUUUUUUUUUCUUUC